UUAAUGUCUAUAAUAAAUACUGUAUUAUUAGAAUCUUAACAAUCAGUAGACAGGAAGAUCUUCUGCAAACAUGUCUUUCCUAAACAAGAACUACAAAUACGUCAGCCAAGAGAACUUUGAUGGGUUCCUCAAGGCAGUUGGUGUGACUGGAGAAAAACUUGAACAACUCAUGAAAUUCGCACCGGAUCAGAAGCUGACCAAGGAUGGAGACACCUACACUUACUACACAGUAUCACCUGAUGGGCCAAAAGAAAUCAAAUUCAAGUCCGGAGAAGAGAUCGACGAACUUCUUGGUUCGUCAAAAACGCCUGUUAAGAGCACAUACGUAGUUGAAGGCAAUACCUUGACACAAACUGUCAAGUCCGACAGAGGUGUUGGUGUAUUCAAGAGAGAGUACAACGGCGAUGAUCUGAUUGUGACCCUCACCGUUGACAAGUGGGAUGGCGUUGCCAAGAGAUUCUAUAAGGCUGAAUAACCAAUACUCCUUCAUCAUCAUGACUUCCUUUAGGUGACCCCACGUCGUCGCAUCAGAAGUGGCAAGCUUUACAAUCAGACGCUAUUCCUCGGGUGUUUUUAUUUUUAAAUUAUUCUAUUUUAGUAACUUAUUUAUUUCCAUUAUUAUUAAAGAAUAUUGCUGAUACCUGUAUUUUUUUUAUUUCGUGAGUAUCCCUACUAUGGUUUGAUUUACGCCCUUUUACAUACUUGGAUAUAUGUAUAAUGACGUGGCUGCACCGAGGUUUAAGCUGUGGUUUUAGGCACGCACCCGAUCUCAUGCGUGAUGUGUAGGUGCGAAACUUGGUUAGUACCUCCUGAGAGAGAUCUUUUCUGAGUUAAAAUAAAUACAGUUUCUCAGUUUAUUGAUAAUCCACUAGUGUACGGUAAAGGAAAACAUUGUGGGGAUACUUAGAUCUAUAAAAUCGCCGAUUCAUCUUGAGCGAACGUAGGAGUAGUAUGCUGAAACCUUCUCAGAGUGUGAAAAACCUUUGGAUUGUAGUGGACACUUAUAGACUGAUGAUGAUGAUGAUGAUGACUGACUUGAAUUCAAAGAGGCAGAAGAUCAUCUACGAUAUUUUGGCCCGUGUUAACGUAUGUCAUUACCCGAGCGUACGCCACGUAGCGUCCGCACGCGCCCGUAAGCGCAAUGAGUCACUGCGGCCUCGGCCUCCUAAAGCAGGAGAAGGAAGGUGGGGGUUUUAAGUCACUAGGAGUCUGACUUUUUCUCUCGCCUUCCCGAGAGAAGUAAUUUGCUACUUUUCCCCUGACAAAAACAGCUAGUACCGACUUGGGUGAAAUGGAGAAGAACUAGAAGACAGUUAUUAACUUUUUACCGAGGUGACGGUGCCUUUUCGACAAGGAAGAAUUAUUACGACUGGGCCAGCGUGCGACCGACUUCCCCGCGUUCUACAAAUUAUCCAAUUUAAUCCGAAGAGAAUUUGAUUAUUUUAAAUCAAUUGUAACAUGAUUGUAGUCACAGUAAGUUAGAGAGUACGUUGGAAGCCUUAUUUGAUUUCAUCACAUACCUUUCCGUCAAACAUAUGUAACAAAAACACUGUAAAGUCAAAAUAUUGAGAGCUAGAUUAAUAAAUAAAUUUUUGACUUUAACCUUGAUAUUUCGAGGAACACUUGAAGAACAAUAGGUUUGUUUUUUGUUUGGGACGUCGGCGUUUACUUGGAGUGUGAUGAAUAAAACAAAAUUUAUUUACUUUAUAAAAUUAAAGGGAAUAAUUAUAUGCCUUAAGAAAACUAAAUAAAUCAACAAUGGCACAUUAAGUAUUUUACUACAUCAAAAAGAGACUUUUUACGGGCAAUUUCUUGGUGCAUAAUAAAGGAGACAAUGACUCAUACAAUUAUCGGCUUUAGCAAACUGAAAAGUAAAGAUAAUACGGCCUUAAAUUCAUCAUCAACCCCCAAUUUUCUCGAAACGAUGACCAGUCACGAUGACUUGUUUUCGAUAACUAUGAUAAAAGUGAAUUCAAAAUUAUCAAGUAUUGUUUUCAAUAUUCAAUUUUAUUAUUUAGUAAUAAGCUUACUACCUUUG